AUGGUCUUAGAUGCUAUAAGUGAAAAUCAAACUGAAUCAACAUUUCAACGUCGUAAUAGUUGGCCACUUAUUGAAGAACAGCAACAAGAUAAUUACAAUCAAGAAGGUAAUCUAUGUCAGCUAACAACAAAUCAACGGCGUAUCUUACGUGAUUUCCGACGACUAUCACAAGCAGUCGUUAGUAUCCCCAAGAAGGAUUCUCUUAAAAAAUCCUAUCAAUCAAUUCAUUAUGUUGCCGCUAGAGUAGGAGGAAUAGCUAAAAAAUGUAUAGGGUUUUUAUUUCAAUAUGUAUGGGAUAUUGUUUCGGCAGAUUAUGCUUAUAUUUCAGAACGUGCCGAUUUAGAAGGGAGUUCUGCUAUGGAUUCUUCUUUAGCCAAUCUGUUGAAAAAUGUUCGCUAUGAAAAUUAUCAAUUACGAUUAGGCGAUGAUUUGUAUGGAAACAUUGUUCGUAUGCCGUGGAGUUAUAUCUUUAGCCUGAUUGCGGCGGCUUAUUUAGCUGUUAGUAUAAUCUUCACCUUUGCUUAUUUCGUAGCCGAUAUUCUCGAUCUGGAUCUGUCUUCUUCAAUUUGGCAAUGGUUUGUUUAUAGCUUAUCGACAACAACGUGUUUAGGUUCAGACAGUCUUGAUUCCGAUCGUGUCCAUCUUUUCAUCUUAUUGAUUGCUAACUCGCAAGCAUUUGUAUCCCAAUUAUUAUUAGCAUUUGUCACUGGAAUCGUUUUUGCUCGUUUUUCUCGAGGACGUAGUCAAAUUCGCUUUGCUGAUAAGUUAACAAUAAACCCAGUCAAUGGUAUCGACUGUUUGCAAGGCAGAUUAACUCCAUGUCGGCCACGAUUUGGUGUUAUUGAUUGUAAUUUAAGGUUAUUCGUUUCCAGACCAUAUCAGAGUAAAGAAGGAGAGCACGGUGUAAGGACUAAGCAAGUUCCUCUUUUAACUGAAACUCUACCAGCCAUGUCAAUAAUGUUAAAGUUUACUCAUCGAUUAGACGAAUCUAGUGAAAUUCGCCAAGCAAUGGAAUUGGGUGAAGAUUAUUAUUUGUCUAUUACUAUUACUGGGGUGGAUGCUUGUACUUUAAAUCCUAUCUUUGAUGUGAGAAGAUACAAAGCCAAUGAUAUCAUAAAAAAUUAUAGAUUUAUCGAUAUGAUUGAAAAGGUGAAACCGGAGCCUGGAUUAUCUCUAUGCCAUUCUAAAACCGUAAUCGAUUUCAAUAAAUUAAAUAAAGUAACUCCUAUAAAAGAGCCCAGCGAAAGUGACGAUAAAGAUAAAAUGGACUAA